UCCUGUCCAGCCCGCCGCGUAGCGGACAUGGCGGGCUCCAGGCUCCCACGGCAGCUCUUUCUCCAGGGCGUGGCCGCUGUCUUCCUGUUCGCCUUCGCUUCUCUCUACACCCAGAUCCCGGGCCUGUAUGGUCCUGAGGGCAUCCUGCCUGCACGGAGGACACUGCGGCCGCAGGGAAAGGGACGCUGGAAGCAGCUGUGGGAGACCCCAACGCUGCUGUGGGAGGCGCCGCUCCUGGGGCUGGACACGGCGCAGGGCCUGGAGCUGCUCAGCCUGCUGGGCGCCCUGCUGGCCCUGGGCGCCCUGCUGCUGCACCAGCUGCGCCACCCGCUCGUCUACCUGCUGCUCUGGGCCUCCUACCUGUCUGCCUACCAGGUGGGCCAGGUGUUUCUUUAUUUCCAGUGGGAUUCCCUGCUGCUGGAGGCUGGCUUCCUGGCUGUGCUGGUGGCCCCUCUGAGGCUGCCCCCCCAUCGCAAGCAGCCCCAGGGCAGGCUGGCAGGGGUCUCACCCCAUGAAGGCCUCCCCUUCUGGCUCGUGCGCUGGCUGCUGUUUCGCCUCAUGUUUGCCUCGGGUGUGGUCAAGCUGACCAGCCGUUGCCCCGCAUGGUGGGGGCUCACUGCCCUCACCUACCACUACGAGACUCAGUGCCUGCCCACGCCUGCCUCCUGGUUUGCCCACCAGCUGCCCGUCUGGCUGCACAAGCUCAGCGUGGUGGCCACCUUUGUCAUCGAGAUCGCAGUGCCCCCUCUGUUCUUCGUUCCCAUUCGCCGCCUGCGCCUGGCUGCCUUCUACUCCCAGGUCUUGCUGCAAGUCCUGAUCAUCAUCACUGGCAACUACAACUUCUUCAACCUGCUCACCCUGGUGCUCACCUCCGCCCUUCUGGAUGAGGCACACCUGGCUGCCGCGUCUGGCAGCAGCCAUCGCAGGAAGACACCCCCCUCCUGGCCCAAGGUUCUGCUGGCCGUGCUGUCCCUGCUGCUGGAAUUGGCCGUCUACGGGCUGCUGGCCUACGGCACGGGGCGCUGCUUUGGCCUGGAGGUGGACUGGAAGCAGCGCACGGUUCACUCCAAAACCACCUUCACCUUCCACCAGUUCUCCCAGUGGCUGAAGACGGUGACCCUACCCACCAUGUGGCUGGGCGCGGCCUCCCUUGCCUGGGAACUGCUGACCGCCCUCUGGAGGUGGACCCACGUGCGAGGGUGGCUGCAGAAGUUCUGUGCUGCAGUCCAGCUGUCCAUCUUUGGCACGGCCACGGUCGCUUUGUUCACAGUCAGCCUGGUGCCCUACUCCUACAUGGAGCCCUCGACCCACGGGCGCCUCUGGACUGGGGCCCACCGCCUGUUUGGCACCGUGGAGCACCUGCAGCUGGCCAACUCCUACGGCCUCUUCCGCCGGAUGACUGGUCUGGGUGGGCGGCCUGAGGUGGUGCUGGAGGGCAGCUAUGAUGGGCACCACUGGACGGAGAUCGAGUUCAUGUACAAGCCCGGGAAUGUGAGCCGGGCGCCCCCCAUCGUGGCGCCCCACCAGCCGCGCCUCGACUGGCAGAUGUGGUUCGCGGCCCUGGGGCCACACACGCACAGCCCCUGGUUCACGAGCCUGGUCCUCCGCCUGCUGCAGGGCAAGGAGCCUGUGAUCCGCCUCAUCCAGAACCACGCGCCCAGCUACCCCUUCCACCAGCAGCCGCCCACUUACGUGCGGGCGCAGCGCUACAAGUACUGGUUCUCGCCGCCCGGGGAGCAGGGCCAGUGGUGGCGGCGCCAGUGGGUGGAGGAGUUUUUCCCGCCCGUGUCCCUGGGGGACCCGACGCUGGACGCGCUGCUCAGGCAGUUUGGCCUUCAGGACAAAAGCCCACCCCGGGCCCGCAGCUCCAGCAACGCCCUGACCCAGGCCCUCCACUGGGUGCGGAAACAGCUGUCUCCCCUGGAGGCCCCCGUCCUGCUCUGGGGGCUCCUCGGGACCGUGGGGGCGAUUCGGGUCACGCAGGCCCUGCUGGGCCCCCGGUCCUCCCCUCGGGCCAAGGAGGAGAAGCACAGGCCCGCGCCCCGGGAGCACGUAGUAGCCGCCAGCAAACCCGCGUCCCCAGCGCCCAGCACCAGCAGCGGUUCCCAGACCCCUCGGCGGAAGAAGCAGCCGCCUCCUGCCGGCCCCACGUCCUGAGCGGGUCAGGGUUCUGGCUCACCUCUGGCCUUCUGCAGCAGGAUGUGGUCCCGCCACCGUGCCUUAGCCAGCUGCCGUGCAGACGCAGGUUGGGGCGCUGCCCUGUGGGGCGGGCAGCAGCUGCCUUUCUGCUUCGAGGGCCCACUCUUCCUCCACGCCAACCACGUCCCGUCCCGGGGCACCCUCUGGCCUGAUCGGUGGCCCGGGAGACCUGUGUGUGACCUGGCCUGGGGUCCUUCCCAGGACCUUGUAAUCAGGGCUGUGGGAGGGGUGCAGGCCUGAUGCCCCCGACCCCGGCUUCUGUGCAGGACGGGGUGAGGCUGACCUGCUGAGGAAGGGGAGGAGAGGCGGCCCUAGGUCAUCGCUGCGGCAGCCUGUCCUGUCACUUGGAUCCGUGCACCAAUAAAGGCAGGUUGUGC